AUGUCAACUGCUAAUGGAUUUUUACUUCCUGAGUUGCCACCUGAUCUAAAAUCAUGCAAGCUGACAGACACUGAAGAAAGGUGUGUAGCUCUAAGAAUACCUUUCAUGCAGAUAAAGCAGCUGGGAGUUGGUAAACAACUAGGAAUACAUGGAAAUACAGUCAACGUGCCAAUGAACCCAUCACAUGUUGUAAAUGUUCUACCUAGAAGAUUUGAACAAACAUCAACCAUCCAUCUGAAAUUUAAGAGAAGUUUGAAAUUAAAGGGGAGUUUUGUGCAUGAAACUGUAAGACCAAGAGUCAUAUAUGAUGUCACGAAAUACUUUAUUGAAAAUAGUCCCCUUUACAAGGAAGAGGGUGUGAAACUCGACACAGAGUGGGAUGUUGCAGAUGAAGAGCAGGAGUUUGUGUCAGAAGACGACAGAAAUGACAGAGUGAAGACCACUGAUGUUUCUGAGGACACAUGGGAGGAAGUAACUGAUGAAGAAGCACAUGGUUGUGGCAACAGGGACACGCUACUUCAAAACAUAGAUUUCUCUGAUGAUGGAAAGCAUGAAGAGGACAGAAAUGACAGAGUGAAGACCACUGAUGUUUCUGAGGACACAUGGGAGGAAGUAACUGAUGAAGAAGCACAUGGUUGUGGCAACAGGGACACGCUACUUCAAAACAUAGAUUUCUCUGAUGAUGGAAAGCAUGCCCUUCUUAUUGCACCAGGAGAGAAAAAUCACCCAGUUAGCAUGUACAUGGACACAAGUGCUGAAGAGAAAUCUUUCCCUGUUCUCUUUGCUGGACUCAAAAGACCAGAUAACAACAACCGAACGGUACCUGUGAAAUAUAGUACUAUUUGCAAAGCUGAACUACGCAAUAGUGACAGGCGCUUUGCCUCAUCCAUCCCAAACAUGUUUUUUAAGCUGAAAAAAGUGCAGUGUUUGCAAGUCCAUGAUAUCGUGAUGACAGCGUUAAGGAAAGCAAAAGGUACCAAUUACACAGCAGGCCACUUGCGCCAAGAAGAUGCACUUCAGAACAUCCUCAAUCAUGAUGACGGCUUCAAAAUAUUGAAAAAUUUACGCUCAUCGCCACCCUAUUUCCAAGCAAAACAAAAGGAGCUUUUCGCAAUGAUAAGACAGUUAGGAAUGCCAACAUUCUUUGCAACCUUCUCAGCAGCAGAGACAAGGUGGACAGAUCUACUUUUUGUACUCCGCAACAAAUUUCAACAGAAAUCUACCAUCAUAACACAAGCUACUGACAUGACUUGGAUGGAAAAGGCUGAACUCAUCAACAAGGAUCCAGUGACCUGUGCACGCCAUUUUCAGUACAGAUCUCAUCUCUUCCUCACAAACAUUCUUCAGUCACAGGUGUCACCCAUAGGCCAAGUUGUUGACCACUUCAUUCGAGUUGAAUUCCAGCAACGUGGGUCCCCUCACCUCCAUUGUGUUUUCUGGGUCAAGGACGCACCCCAGUAUGGAAUAAGCUCUGAAGAUGAAGUUUUAAAGUUCAUUGAUAAGAACAUCUCUUGUUCCUCCGAUGUUCAUGAUUCAGACAGAGAAUACUUAAAUCUACAGACACACAAGCACACAAAGUCAUGUAAAAAAAUGGGAAAAAAUGUCUGUAGGUAUGGUUUUCCACUACCGCCUAUGAGCCAAACACAGAUACUUGAACCUCUUGACAGCGACUACCCUAAAGACAUGCUCAAGAACCACCAUAACAACCUUCAGAAAAUACAUGCAGUCUUGAAGUCUCUUGUAAAGGAUGAAGAUAUGCCAUUCUGCCAAUUCCUUGCCAAGUGUGGAGUUUCCGAAGAUACCUAUAUAUUAGCUAUAAGGUCAGGAUUGAAAAGAAAGCAAGUAUUCCUUAAAAGACAAGUGAAAGAUGUUAAAGUUAAUGCUCAUAACAUGGACAUUCUGAGAAUAUGGCAGGCAAACACAGAUCUGCAGUUUGUUUUAGAUCCAUGGGCUGUAUGCGUUUACAUUUCAAGCUACAUGAUGAAGUCUCAAAGAGGAAUGAGCAACUUGUUGCGGCAAGCCUGUGAAGAAGCACGAGCAGGGAAUCACACAGUCAGACAGAAGAUGAGAAUCAUUUCCAACAAAUUCUUGAACCACUGUGAAGUGUCAGCACAAGAGGCUGUCUAUCUCUUGCUUCAAAUGCCCUUGGUACAGGCUUCACGGGAUGUCAUAUUCAUCAACACUUCACCUCCUGAGCAGAGAGUUUUCAUUCUGAAGCCAAAAGAACAGCUACAGGGACUACCAAACGAUUCCACAGACGUCACAUGUUCAGGGUUGCCUGAGAAAUAUGCUAAUCGACCAAAAGUCCUUGAAACAGUGUCACUUGCAGAGUUCGCUGCAUUUUUCCAAGAACACGUCUAUAGGAAAACAACUACAAAAGAAGAUGAUUUUGAAAGUGAUCAAGUAGAUCUCACGGUUGAAAACAUCGAACCAGGCAUCAAGAUACCUAUGCCCAAUUGGAACUAUCUGGUGAAAAGACGUAUCCCCAAAGUCAUACGAUAUGUACAUUUCUCCAAGGAAAAAGACCCAGAGUUAUUCUAUAGAGAGCUUUUGAUGCUGCAUACAGCCUGGAGAAACGAAGAAGAUCUGAAAGGAAACAGUGGUGGUUCAUAUGAACAGGAGUUCCUUAGCAAGGAAACAGAGAUCACUGAUGCAACAAAGCGGUUUGAUCAGUGUGGAGACGAUCUUUACAAAGCAGUUAUGGAGGUGGAUGAGGAGACAGUGCUCGAAGCAAUUGAUGGAAUUGCACCAACAUCAAGACAAGCGGAGGAAGAUACAAAUGCUGAGACAUGUGAUGCUGCUGAGCACAGCAUAAUCUUUCCUUCUAAACCAGAACAUAAGACAUAUGACACUGGCAUUGAUAUGGGAAUUGGCUCAAAUGUCCAUGUGGAGGCUAUCAUCAACAACAGGCUUUCGGAUGAAGAUUACCAUGAUCUUGCUAUAAACCUCAAUAAGGAACAGCAAUCAUUUUUCUACCAUGUCAUCCAUACUGUGAAAACAAAAACCACUUCAUUUCACGUUUUCCUUACUGGAGGGGCUGGGGUGGGCAAAAGUCACUUACUCAAAUGUUUGUGCCAAGCUUUGUACAGAUAUUAUGAUACUACAUGCGGCGAAAACCCAGAUGAAAUUAAGGUUGUUGUAGGAGCACCUACGGCAAAAGCAGCAUUUGGAGUGAGAGGUCAUACUCUUCAUUCAUUAUUUGCCUUACCUGCCAACCAGUCCUUGGCGGAGUACCAUAAACUGGACCACAGCACUUUGAACGCCCUUCGUUGUAGGUAUGCCAAACUUCAGAUCUUGAUUAUUGACGAGAUAUCCAUGGUUGGAGUGAACAUGUUCAACUUCAUAAAUUCUAGACUCCAAGAGAUAUUUGCCACUUCCCAACCUUUUGGGGGUAUCAGCCUCUUGGUAGUAGGUGACCUUUUCCAAUUGAGACCAGUGCAAGAUAGUUGGAUUUUCAAAACAUCUGAUAAAGGGUAUGGGCCAAUUGCCUCCAACACAUGGCAAGACUUGGUAGGCUUAUUUGAAUUGAAAAUAAUUAUGCGACAAAAAGAUGAUGCUACCUAUGCUGAACUACUCAACAGAGUUCGAGAAGGAAAACAAAUUGAAUCCGACUUGACAACACUCCAGUCAAAAGUGAAAGAGGCAAAAACCAGCUUCAAUUUGUCUGAUGUACUUCACUUGUUCACAACCAAUGAUAAGGUAAAUGAACAUAAUGACUUCUAUCUCCAGGCACUGCAGACACAGGGUUGUAUGUCAUUAGCUGUUGACUACACCAUUGGUGAUGUGACACCAAGUGCAAAACUUGCUGUUCUAGAAGUAACUAUGAAUCUACCCCCACAAAAAACACAGAACCUUUUGCAACAGCUGCAAAUCAAAAUGUCUGCCCAUUAUCUUCUUGUUAUGAACAUUGACACCACUGAUGGACUCACCAAUGGCGCUACAGGUGUUCUGAAACACUUUGAUUCUGCAAAUGGCAAGCCUCAUACCAUAUGGAUUCAUUUUACUGAUCCAUCCAUUGGGGGAAAGGCUCGUCAACAGUACAAAACCCUUUUCAAAACCCACAUUGAUAGAUCUUGGACACCGAUAUUUACAGUUGACAGACAAUUUCAAGUUGGCAAAUACAGAAACAUCAAAGUUGUGCGCCGGCAGUUUCCUCUGAAACCUGCUGCUGCCAUGACAAUCCACAAAGCACAGGGAAUGUCCAUUCCAGAAGUGGCAGUGAGCUUUCAAGGCAGAGUACAGACGCAUAUGGUGUAUGUUGCACUAAGUCGUGUUACGUCACUCUCAGGCCUCCAUUUGCUAGAUCUUGACAGCAAGAAGAUCACAGUUGACAAACUUGUAGUUCAAGAAAUGGAACGGUUGCGGCAACACAGCUUGAUUACUACCCUACCAGAGGAUCCAAGUAGUGCAUCAAACAAAGUCAUUUGCUUAAACACAAGGUCCUUGCACAAGCAUAUCACCAGUGUAAGAUCACAUUCAAGUCUGUUGGCAGCAGAUAUUCUUAUCAUGCAAGAAACUUGGGCUUUGCGAUCAGACAGUGCAGAUUACUACAAGUUGGAAGGUUUUGAUAUGCCAAUGCAAUGUUUUACUCAAGAGACAAAGGACAGAAGACCACAUGAUGGCAUCUUUAUCUACUUGAAAUCACAUAUUGAGAUCCACAGUCUAACAAAUGUGCAUGAUAAAAAUGGCCAAGCUGUUCAUCUUAACUUGAGCUCUCCAACAGAAUCCUUUGAAGUACUGGCAGUUUAUCGCAGACCAAAUACACCGCUCACAGGUUUCUUCAACCUUGUAAACCAGCUGCCUUUAGGUGAAAAGACACUGAUAUCAAUUGGUGACUUCAACGUCGAUCAGUUAAAACCAAGCUCUGACCUUGUAAAACUUCAGAAGUUCAUGUCUUUGAGUGGACUGAAGGCUACCCCGCCAAGUGAAACCACAGACUAUCAUUCAAGCUUGGAUAAUAUUUAUGUGUCCAAUCUAUCUGCUAGAACUGAACUAGACACUGUAACAACAGGUGUCUCCGAUGACCACCAAAGUAAAUCCUUAAAUGGCUAUGAACAAUCUACUUCGUUACUAGACUUUGCUGAUCAAGUACCGGAAUCAUCGCCAGAAAUUGUCGUUCGAAGAAACAGUCCGAAUAACGCUACUGAUAUACAGAAAACAGCGAGCCCCAGAGCGUCCAAUGAAAUUACAUUGCGAUCAACAGCAGACAGGGCAGAAAGGUUUCAACGAAUGAAGCAAAAGACAAUCAUCAUGUUUGUCCUGACGGUAAUAUUUGCAGUCACCAUGUUUCUCAACGCCGUGAUGAUAAGCUACAAUACGAUGGACGUCCUUAAUGAGAAAGUACGUCAUUAA